GCCGUGUCAGUUUGGGGCAUCUCCGCCGUCCGGCCCGGGGCCCCGGGAUCCAGGCUCUCCACCGCCUCGGAUUCUUUCCACUAAAUCUGUCCAUUUGCUGAAGUAUCGAAUGUUUUUCUUGGGGGAAGAUAUCAAGGAGCAGCUCAGUUGCAAUUCACAGACUGGUGUAAGGUACAUUUUUCUUGUGAGUCUGGACAUCAAAAGGAGUUGUGAGAUGAUCUGAUUUCUUAAAACCUGUCUCUGCAGUGCUCUUUAGGAACCUGUCUGGAAGUAUGCAGACAUUUCAAACAUUAGAUUGGUUUGGUUUUUAAAUUAGAAGCGGGAAAAGUGUUCUUCUUUGUGAAAGGAGGAGGGAUUCAGGCCAGAAAACUGUAUGCUAUGGUUAACUGGUUCCCAGCCUCCGAGAAUCUUUUUUUCCAUGGUGUGAAACAUAUUCAGCAUCAGGAUAAGGGAUAACGACUCUAUGGAUAUACAGAAUUCUUCACCAUGGUAAAACUCGCUAACCCGCUGUAUACGGAGUGGAUUUUGGAGGCGAUUAAAAAAGUUAAGAAGCAAAAACAGCGCCCUUCCGAAGAGAGGAUAUGCAAUGCAGUGUCGUCGUCCCAUGGCUUGGACCGGAAAACUGUUUUAGAACAAUUGGAAUUGAGUGUUAAAGAUGGAACAAUUUUAAAAGUCUCGAAUAAAGGACUCAAUUCCUACAAAGAUCCUGAUAAUCCUGGGCGAAUAGCACUUCCUAAACCUCGGAACCAUGGAAAGUUGGAUGGCAAACAAAAUGUGGAUUGGAAUAAACUUAUCAAGCGGGCAGUUGAAGGCUUGGCUGAGUCCAGCGGUUCAACCUUGAAGAACAUUGAACGUUUUUUGAAAGGUCAGAAAGAUGUGUCUGCAUUGUUUGGGGGCAGUGCCGCCUCUGUCUUUCACCAGCAGUUACGAUUGGCUGUCAAACGUGCCGUUGGCCACGGCAGACUACUUAAAGAUGGACCUCUUUAUCGGCUCAACACUAAAGCGGCCAAUGUGGAUGGGAAAGAGAGUUGUGAGUCUCUUUCCUGUCUACCUCCUGUGUCUCUCCUUCCUCAUGAAAAGGAUAAGCCAGUUGCUGAACCAAUUCCAAUUUGUAGUUUUUGUCUUGGUACAAAGGAACAAAACCGAGAGAAGAAACCAGAGGAGCUCAUCUCUUGUGCUGACUGUGGCAACAGUGGUCAUCCAUCCUGUUUAAAGUUCUCUCCAGAAUUAACAGUUCGAGUGAAGGCCUUACGGUGGCAGUGCAUUGAGUGUAAAACGUGCAGCUCUUGUCGAGACCAGGGCAAAAAUGCAGAUAACAUGCUCUUCUGUGAUUCAUGUGACCGAGGUUUUCACAUGGAAUGCUGUGAUCCGCCACUCACCAGGAUGCCAAAAGGCAUGUGGAUAUGUCAGAUUUGUCGACCUCGGAAAAAAGGGAGAAAACUUCUACAUAAAAAAGCAGCACAGAUAAAACGGCGCUAUGCCAAUCCAAUAGGACGGCCCAAAAACAGGUUAAAGAAACAGAAUACAGUAUCGAAAGGCCCUUUCAGCAAAGUUCGGACUGGACCUGGUCGGGGUCGGAAACGUAAAAUCACUCUUUCCAGCCAAUCAGCAUCUUCAUCAGAAGAAGGCUAUUUGGAGCAAAUGGACUUAGACUUCUGCAGAGAUGGUAGUACACCCCUGAAAUUCAAUAAGAAAACCAAAGGGCUCAUUGACGGCCUUACCAAAUUCUUCACCCCCUCCCCUGAUGGGCGGAAAGCUCGUGGGGAAGUGGUGGACUACUCUGAGCAAUAUAGGAUCAGGAAAAAGGGCAACAGGAAAUCAAGCACUUCAGAGUGGCCCACAGACAAUCAGGAUGGCUGGGAUGGAAAACAGGAAAAUGAGGAGCGACUUUUUGGAAGCCAGGAAGUCAUGACUGAAAAAGAUAUGGAAUUAUUUCGAGAUAUCCAGGAACAAGCACUGCAGAAAGUUGGAGUGACUGGUCCCCCUGAUCCACAAGUUCGCUGUCCCUCUGUCAUUGAGUUUGGAAAAUACGAAAUUCAUACCUGGUACUCCUCCCCAUAUCCACAAGAAUACUCAAGGCUGCCUAAGUUGUACCUUUGUGAAUUUUGUCUAAAGUAUAUGAAAAGUAGAACUAUUCUACAGCAGCACAUGAAGAAAUGUGGUUGGUUCCACCCUCCUGCUAAUGAGAUUUACAGAAAGAAUAAUAUCUCUGUCUUUGAGGUUGAUGGGAAUGUCAGUACAAUUUACUGUCAAAACUUGUGCCUGUUGGCAAAGCUAUUUCUUGACCACAAGACACUGUAUUAUGAUGUGGAACCAUUUCUUUUCUAUGUAUUGACACAGAAUGAUGUCAAGGGCUGCCAUCUUGUUGGCUAUUUCUCUAAGGAAAAGCACUGCCAGCAGAAGUAUAAUGUUUCCUGUAUAAUGAUUCUUCCUCAGUACCAGCGCAAGGGCUAUGGCAGGUUCCUCAUAGACUUCAGUUAUUUGUUGUCAAAACGUGAAGGCCAAGCAGGAUCUCCAGAGAAACCAUUAUCUGAUCUAGGGCGUCUUUCCUAUAUGGCUUAUUGGAAAAGUGUAAUAUUGGAGUGCCUUUAUCACCAAAAUGACAAGCAAAUCAGCAUUAAAAAACUAAGCAAAUUGACUGGAAUCUGCCCUCAAGACAUUACUUCCACACUCCAUCACCUCCGAAUGCUGGACUUCCGUAGUGACCAAUUUGUGAUUAUCCGCCGGGAAAAACUCAUCCAGGAUCAUAUGGCAAAACUUCAAGUGAAUUUGAGGCCUGUAGAUGUAGAUCCUGAAUGUUUGCGUUGGACUCCUGUCAUUGUCUCCAAUUCUGUAGUCUCAGAGGAAGAGGAAGAGGAUGCAGAGGAAGGAGAAAAUGAAGAGCAGCAAUGCCAGGAAAAGGAACUGGAUUCCAGUGUAAGGAUGGCAAAGUCGGUGUCUUGGGAGAAAAAAGAAGAUUCAUAUUCAGUAGAGAAUGAAAAGAAACCAGAUAUUAUUGCACCAGCUAAUUCUUCACGACUGAACAAGGAAGUUCUUCCCCUGGAUAGUCUUCCAGCAAAUAGUCAACCAUCUCGGAGAGGCCGAUGGGGACGAAAGAACAAAAAAGUCCGGGAGCCUUUUAGUGAGAAAGAUUCUAAACUGCCCUUGGAAGAAACACCAUCAGCUGCUCGGGGGAGAUAUGGUGAAUGUGAGGAAAAAUCUGAAGCCUCCCAGGAACAGUUCACUGAGAGUGAAGAGCAUUCAGCAGCUUUAGAGGGGAGGUUUGGCAAAGAUGAAAAGCCAGAAGUCCCCAAAAGGCGACUAAGUGAAAGUGUGGAGAUAUGGCGAGGACCACUGAAGAAAAGCCCAGAGCCCCUCAAAUGCAGAUUACCAGAGGGGAGUGAUAGACUGCCUCACCGGUAUAAUGAUGGAGACAGAGCCAUUUUGAGGAGCUUUAGUGAGAGUAGUGAAGAGGAAGAAGAACCUGAGAGUCCUCGGUCAAAUUCACCACCUGUGCUUACUAAGCCCACAUUAAAACGAAAGAAACCAAUUCUGCACCGGAGAAGAAGAGUCCGAAAGCGAAAACACCAUAACAGCAGUGUGGUCACAGAAACCAUCUCUGAGACCACAGAAGUAUUAGAUGAACCUUUUGAAGAUUCUGACUCUGAGAGGCCAAUGCCAAGAUUAGAACCUACAUUUGAAAUUGAUGAAGAGGAGGAAGAAGAGGAUGAAAGUGAACUGUUUUCCAGAGGAUACUUUCAUUGUUUGCCCUCGCAGGAGGUCCUUAGGCAUCGACCUUCUUCUAAGAGGAAGUCUAAAGAUGAAGAGGAAGAAUCAGAUGAUGCUGAUGGCACCCCUAUUCUGAAGCCAGUGUCCAUGUUGAGAAAAUGUGAUGUGAGGGAUUCCCCACUUGAGCCAGAUACUUCUACACCUUUGAAAAAGAAGAAGGGAUGGCCCAAAGGCAAAAGUCGGAAACCGAUCCACUGGAAGAAAAGGCCUGGCCGAAAACCGGGGUUCAAGCUGAACCGAGAAAUGCUCACGGUAUCUACUCAAGAAUGUAGAGUCGAUCCCAUGGUACCCCUUCCUAAGCCUGGGCGCAAGCCCAAAAUUCAAGACAAAGAAGAGGCUGCUGAACCAAAAGAAGAUUUGCCUCUUGCUGAAGAAAGGAAGGAGAAUGAUAUACAUGGAGAAACAGAAGAGGGAGGAGAGGGAGAAGAUGAGGAUACAACCAGCAGUGAAGUGAGAGCAGCUUCCCCAGUGGACAGUCGUGGUAGCCCAGUGACCGAAUCUAAAGAACCUGAGGUAGAAGAAGAAGAAGUUGAGGAGAAACCCCGGGUUUUAGAAGAAGAGCAAAGGCAGUCAGAGGAAGAGCAGGCAGAGCUGGAAGAGCAGGAGCAUGAGGAAGAGGAUGAGGUGGCCCUGGGAACAAACCAGAAUGAAGACCAUGAUGCAGAUGAUGAAGAUGAUGGUCACCUAGAAUCCACAAAGAAAAAGGAAGCAGAGGAACAGACAAUUAGAGAAGGAGUCAAGGAGGAGCCGGGGGGUCAGGAAUCUUUUUUAGAAACAAAUACACAGAACAAUCGAGAGGAAAUAAAGAGCAAAAAUGAAACAGAACCAGAUUCCGAGGAAGAACAGGCUUCCCAUGAGACAUCAGUUGUAUCAGAGCAUAUGCCAGGGUCUGAGGAUGAUCAUGAAGAAGAAGCAAGCACUAAAGAAGAAUUAAUUGAAUUAAAAGAAGAAGAAGAAAUUCCUCAUAGUGAGUUGGAUCUGGAAACCGUGCAAGCGGUACAGUCACUGACCCAGGAAGAAAGCAACGAGCAUGACGGGACAUACCAGGACUGUGAAGAAACACUCGCAGCUUGUCAGACUUUGCAGAGUUAUACCCAAGCUGAUGAAGACCCUCAGAUAUCAAUGGUCGAAGACUGCCAUGCUUCAGAACACAACAGCCCGAUAUCUUCCGUUCAGUCUCAUCCUAGCCAAUCAGUCCGUUCAGUCAGCAGUCCCAAUGUGCCUGCUCUUGAGAGUGGUUAUACCCAGAUCAGCCCUGAACAAGGAUCCCUGUCCGCACCCUCUAUGCAGAACAUGGAGACCAGCCCCAUGAUGGAUGUGCCUUCGGUGUCAGACCACUCUCAGCAGGUGGUGGACAGUGGCUUCAGUGACCUGGGCAGCAUUGAGAGCACCACAGAAAAUUAUGAGAACCCUAGCAGCUACGAUUCCACUAUGGGUGGCAGCAUUUGUGGAAAUAACUCUUCCCAGAGCAGUUGCUCUUACGGAGGAUUAUCCUCCUCCAGUAGCCUCACUCAGAACAGUUGUGUUGUCACUCAGCAAAUGGCCAAUAUGGGCAGUAGCUGUAGCAUGAUGCAGCAAAACAAUGUGCAACCUGCCACCAACUGUAAUAUCAAGUCACCUCAGAGUUGUGUGGUGGAAAGACCACCGAGUAACCAGCAGCAGCCACCACCAUCGCAGCAACAGCAGCAGCAGCAGCAGCAGCCAGCACCACCACCCCCCCAGCAGCAGCCCCAGUCCCAGCCCCAGCCCCAGCCCCAGCCUCCUCAACCCCCUCCACCCCCCCAGCAGCAGCCUUCACUGUCACAGUGUAGUAUGAAUAACAGCUUCACCCCGGCCCCGAUGAUCAUGGAAAUACCGGAAUCCGGAAGCACUGGGAACAUAAGUAUUUAUGAAAGGAUUCCAGGGGAUUUUGGUGCCAGCAGCUACUCCCAACCAUCAGCCACCUUCAGUUUAGCUAAGUUGCAGCAGCUGACUAACACCAUUAUGGACCCACAUGCCAUGCCUUAUAGCCAUUCUCCUGCUGUGACUUCCUAUGCAACCAGUGUUUCUUUGUCCAACACAGGACUGGCUCAGCUAGCUCCAUCCCAUCCAUUAGCUGGGGCCCCUCAAGCACAAGCCACCAUGACACCACCCCCAAACCUGGCAUCCACUACCAUGAACCUCACAUCACCUCUGCUACAGUGCAACAUGUCUGCCACCAACAUUGGCAUUCCCCACACUCAGAGGUUGCAAGGGCAAAUGCCAGUCAAGGGGCACAUUUCCAUCCGUUCUAAAUCAGCACCACUGCCCUCGGCAGCUGCUCACCAGCAGCAGCUUUAUGGUCGCAGCCCGCCAGCAGUCGCCAUGCAGGCUGGCCCUCGUGCAUUAGCUGUUCAGCGUGGCAUGAACAUGGGGGUUAAUUUAAUGCCAACAACCCCCUAUAAUGUCAAUUCCAUGAAUAUGAACACUUUGAAUGCCAUGAACAGUUACCGAAUGACACAACCCAUGAUGAACAGCAGUUACCAUAGUAACCCUGCCUACAUGAACCAGACAGCACAGUAUCCUAUGCAGAUGCAGAUGGGAAUGAUGGGGAGCCAGGCCUAUACCCAGCAGCCUAUGCAGCCAAACCCUCAUGGGAACAUGAUGUACACUGGCCCCUCCCAUCACAGCUACAUGAAUACUGCUGGCGUGCCCAAGCAGUCUCUUAAUGGACCUUACAUGAGAAGAUGAGCAAGAUGAACUUGCAAUUUAAAAACUUAAAUAUAUAUAAAUAAAGGAACCUUUUAUACUGACAAACCAGAGAAAAUGGACCUUUUUCCAGUUAAAAUAUUGCUGUAGAUUUAGAGGGAUAUUUCUUUGGUUUAUUUUGUUUUUUAGAAAGCCUGGUCUUUUUUUUUUUUUUUUUGGUUCAUUUUGUUCUGGGUUUUGGUUUUCUUCACAAUCCUGAGACAUUUUACAGUAGAAUUCGUCUAAGAAUGGAUUUAGGGAGGGGGGAACCAUGCACAAAAUCUUUUCAUAAUUAAAAAGAGCCUUACUUUCUUUACAUACCACAUGGACAGAAUUUGUGUAAAAGUGAAUUUAUCUUUAUUUUAUUUUAAAAUGUAUGUUCCCCCCUUGCUGUGUGCAGCUCCCAAUGUUGUCAUUUUUAAGUGUUAGCUAUACAUCUCGAGGGUUAAGCAGACCCUUCCCUCCAAACCCAACCUUUCAUUUCCUACUUCAUUCCAGCAGGAGGCACUUAUGGGAGGCUCGGAAGGGGACAUGGAGAACAACCCAAACUCCUUAAACUUAUUGUUAUUAUUAUUAUUAAUAUUAUUAUUAUUAUUAAAGUGAGGCAGGAAAUAUUUCUCCUCUUUAAAUCCCCUCCUCUCCCUACACACACCUCUUGAAACCUUUCCCACAUCUUUUUCUUUGUAGAUGAAUUUCAUUGGAAUGUUUGUUUUGCUUAAGCCAAGUGUAAUGUAAUUUUCUAAUAUUUUCAUCCAGCACUCAGAGACACAAAAAUGCUCUAGGUCUCAUGUAACAGCAGUAUCUCUGAGGAAUGCUGUUUGCAAUCCAAAUCUAGUCUUUGUAUGAAUAUAGAUGUUCAGCUAGCCAUCAAGAAGACAAAAUUGACCUCUUAUUUUUUAAUCACCUAGUGAAUCAUCCAUAAAUCUCAUAGUCCAUCAAAGUUCUUAUUUUUAGUAUGUACUUUGAAAUGCUAAGGGUCUUGAUUCUUGAGCCUUCAAAUCUGACCGAAUUCAAAUAGCAGUCUCCAGUGGUUUGCCUCUUUUUAAACUACAUUAUUCACUAAGCAUCAGUGGACAAACUGUACAUUUCAGUGAAUUAAAAAAGAAAUCUGAAAAAAUCUUUGUCACUAUUUAUUUAAUGUUGAAAAGAAUAAUGAGAAAUGUCUGUGUUUCCUAAGGGAAUUUAUGACAUGAGUUGUAUAACUGUUCAAAUAGCACAUACCUCCAGUUUCCCAGUGUCCUUUGAGAUUCUUUUUUUCCCCCUAAGUUCAUCUCCUGUGAAUCAGAGUGUAUCAACCCAUCUCCAGUGAGUGGUUGACUAGAAGAAGGACAGGCCACCAGCACAAUUCCACAGAGUCUAGUCAGCAGGAUUUCAGUACGUUAAUAUAUUAUAUCAACCCCAUUCUCCUUCCCCUUGUACAAUCAGUUCUCCAAUAUUUUCCUGAUAUUCCCUUCUGGGUUAGAAAAAGAGAAAUUUUCCAUCAGUGAAAAGAUGGAAACUGCUAUACUACUUGGUAUAUGCAGUCACAUAUCCAAAAGGGGAAAAUACUGCUUAAUGAAAUACUCAUAAGCAUGUUAUCUCCUUUAUUUGUAUAUUUUAUAUAAAUAAAAUUUUAAAAGUACUAAUUAGGCAUUAAAAAUUUUCAAAUGCACAGAUUAUGGGUUUUUUUUUCCUCCAGAUGCACUUAAAUUGACUUUCCCAAUUAAGUGUUAGAUAGAAAAGGCGGAAUUCCACAUCUCAUUGCUAUUAAUUUUGAGCAUGUGCAAGGCUGUGUAGGACCCAGUUUCUCUGUAUAUACUAUUCCAAUUCCCAAUCAUCUAUGUAGAAAGUGCACUGUGCUGCCCUCUCCUUCCUACAUCUUCAGCUGUGUCAUUGCUUCCUG